UUUUUAUCCUCACUGGCACCCGUACCUCUAGAAAGGUAGCAAGAUGGCUGCGGAGCCGAACAAGACAGAAAUUCUGACCAUUUUUAAAAGACUACGGUCUAUUCCAACUAACAAGGCGUGCUUUGACUGUGCUGCCAAGAACCCCAGCUGGGCCAGUAUACCAUAUGGAGUGUUCCUGUGCAUCGACUGCUCUGGCAUUCAUCGCUCUCUCGGAGUGCACCUCAGCUUUAUCAGAUCCACUGAGCUCGACUCCAACUGGAACUGGUUUCAGCUGAGAUGUAUGCAGGUCGGAGGCAACGCCAACGCGACGGCCUUCUUCCGUCAGCAUGGCUGCUCCACCAACGACACUACCGCCAAGUACAACAGCCGCGCGGCACAGAUGUACCGAGAGAAGAUCCGACAGCAAGCAAACACGGCACUGUCCAAAUAUGGGUCUAACCUGUGGAUCGACCAAUCCAGUGUGAGCAGCCAGCCUGCCGCCCCAGAGAAGAGACAGGCAGACUUCUUUACUGAGCAUACUCAGCCUUCAAACAGCUGGGACGCGACGGCUCCUUCCCUGACAGAACACAAUGGAACCCUCACUCCUCAACUAUUGGAGGACACACCCAAAGCCCCCCACACCGCCAGCACUCAGCUGGAGGAAGGACCAAGCAUUGAGGGACUGAGCACUGAGCAAUCUCCCAAAGUCACUAUGGAGGACUCCAUGCGUUUGUCGUCAGAUCAACCACAGCUACCCAAAGAUGUGAAGCAAUCCAUCAUUGGGAAAAAGAAGCCCAGCACUACUAAGAAAGGGCUGGGUGCUAAGAAGGGCCUGGGGGCCCAGAAGGUGAGCAGUAAGAGCUUCUCAGAGGUGGAGAAACAGGCCCAGGUAGCCGAGAAGCAGAGAGAGGAGCAAGCAGCUGAUGCUAAGAAACAGGCAGAGGAGUCCAUUGUGGCCUCCAUGCGCCUGGCCUACAAGGAGCUGGAGAUUGACAGGAAGAUGGAGAACAAGAAGAUGCAGAACAUGGAGGGUAAGAAGAGAGAGCAGGCUGAGAGACUGGGCAUGGGCUUCGGCAACCGCAGCACCAUAUCUCACUCAGUGAUGUCAGAGAUGCAGGUGAUUGAGCAGGAGACGCCCUCAGGGGCCAAGUCCUCGCCUCGCUCCAAACUGGACAUGUUGGAUGAACCGGGCUUCUCCUCCGGACCCCCUAAGUACAAGGACAACCCGUUCACGGCGGGCGACGGCUUCGGCUCGCGGUGGGACUCUGAUGGGGGAGUGGCCUCCUUCACCUCCUCCUGGGCCCUGGAGAAUGAGGAGCCUAAAGAGGAGGUGACAAUCUCCAGCAUCCAGCCUAUCGGAGAACGACCCAGUCGGCGGAAGGCGGAGGCGGCGGCGCCCGUGUCCGAGUCGAGCGAGGCCCGGCAGAAGUUUGCCAACGCCAAGGCCAUCUCUUCCGACAUGUUCUUUGGCCGCGAGAGCUAUGCCGAGUAUGAGGCCAAGACACGUCUGGAGGGCCUGUCUGGCAACACGUCCAUCAGCUCUGCUGACCUGUUUGGGGACGGAGUGACCGUGACACAGGGGCAGCAGGUUAUGAGAGUGUGCUGCCGACGGGACCGGACAUUGCUCAGUUCAAACAGGGGGUGAAGACUGUGGCGGGCAAGAUGG